AGGAAAACAAACUCAAAAAAUAAAAAAAAGAAAAAAAAGAAAAUAAAAAUAAAAACAAUUUCCAAUAAACAGAAAGGAAUAAGAACUCUUUAGAAGAUAUAUUUUCCAAUUUCCGAAGGACGUCGAAAGAGAGAGAGAGAGAAAAAAGCAGAAAAAAUAUAUAAAUAAACAUAGAACAAGAGACACAGAAAAAAAGAGAAAGACAGAGAAAGAAAAAAAGAGAGAAGAAAGAAAAUAAAAAAAUAUAUAAAUAAACAAAGAAAAAAAAGAAGAAAAACGACCCUAUUUUGUGUUUAAGAAAGCAAUGGAUCCGGGCAAGAUUUUCCAAAUUAUAACCAACAGUACUUUGCUUGCCACAAGACUCAUCAACGGUCCUGGUGUUGGUUCCCUCGGAUUCACGGAGCCGAGGUACUGCGCCAUCCUCUCAGAAGACGCUCAGCUGGCGGCCGUCGUCACCACUGUCACCGCGAUACACAAAUAUGGUGAGGAGGUCCGCUACAGCAUCACAGGAGGGAACAGGGACGGUCUUUUCACCAUCGACCAGCACUCUGGGAUCAUCACCUUGGCUGCUCCUCUCGACUAUGAACUUCAUGAUCGGCACGAACUAGUGGUAGCAGGGGAGGCGGGCGGUCAGGAGGGCCACGCCAUAGUGCAAGUUCGGGUCGCGGAUGUGAACGACAACGCCCCUUUCUUCGUGACCCCUGACCCCCAGGUCACCGUCAUCGAGGAGGAUGACCGUCACCUGCCGGCUACUAUUCUCAAAGUAGGAGCACGUGACAGGGACAAGCUAGACAUCCAGGGACUUCUUUACACGGUUGAAGGAGACGGAGUAGAUGGCCUGCAUCCAACGAGGACUUUCUUCUCGAUCAACUCUCAAACGGGGGAUCUCGUGUUGCUCAGACCUCUGGACCGCGACCCCCCUCGAGGCAAGGGCGUGUGGAGACUGAAGGUGCAGGUCCGCGACGGCCAAGCCCUUUGGCGUCGACAGGCCGUUAGCGCACACAGUCCUCCCGCCCUCCCGAGAUAUCCCCGAGCACACGACGGCGCAAAGAGAGACCAACCAGAGCCAAUUCCUGUGAAAAUAGGACAGAAAGGAGGACAUCCCGCCGGUGUUGCUAACUCCUCUUCUCCCUCGACCGUCGGCGGAGGAUGCGAGGACCUCAGCAUCUUCGGAGGGACGCAGAAGGAGGAAGGCGUUGACGGCGUCUCUCGGGGAGGAAGACGCGUGCAUUUGGUGGAGACGCAGGUUACGGUGUUGGUUAAGGACAUCAAUGAUAACCCGCCGGUGUUCCCCAAUGCCACUAUGUUCGGGGAGGUGCAAGAGAACGGGCCUAUUGAUCUGUCCGUCUGCGUCGUCUCAGCCUGGGAUGCUGAUGACGUCACAGAGGGCACGAACGCCAGACUCACUUACUCGAUCGAGAAGAACGUCAUCCACGAACGCACCGGCGAGGCCAUCUUUGCGAUCCACCCGCAGACGGGGCUUGUGCGAACGAUGCUCUGCUGUCUGGAUCGAGAGACCACACCUGAGUACCACAUACAGGUGGUGGCUACUGAUGGCGGCGCUCUUAAAGGCACAGGCACAGUAGUGGUACGACUUGCAGAUGUAAACGACAACUCGCCACGACUAACACGGCAACUAUGGCAACUCGAGGCGGACGAAACGUGGGGUGCCGGGCCAGUCGACAACUCGACUCUCUUGGAGAUCACAGCUGCAGAUCCGGAUGCUGUCAAUUAUUUCUUUUAUCGUAUCGUGGAGGCGAGUGGGUGGGGGUGGGAGCACUUCGGAAUCCGGGCGGUGGGCGCCGUGGGACACCUGUACGCCCGCCAGGUACUUGAUUACGAAGAUGACACCCACAGAAGAGGGUUUAAAUUCAUGAUACAAGUUACGGACAGGGGUCGAGGUGGAUGGGACGACAGCCGACACACGGACAACGCCUGGGUGUCUAUCCAUCUGAGAGACGUAAACGACAACCCGCCCGCCUUCCACCGCCCGCACGCCCACAUCACGGUCAAGGAGGACACGGCUCCGGGCACGCUUUUGGCUACGCUGCCCGCGAGAGACCCUGAUAUGGGCGGCGAGCAGCGGGUCGCGUACCGCGUGGAGGGCGCCUGGGGGUCUCUGGCCGUGGACGCCGAGGGCAGCGUGAGUCUGUGGCGCCGCGUGGACCGCGAGACGCCCGGCGGCGCCGUGGGCAUCGCCCGCAUCGUGGGCGUGGACGCCGGGACGCCCCCGCUCUCCGCCACCGCCACCCUCACCAUCACCGUGACGGACGUGAACGACUGUCCGCCCCACCUGCUGCCGCCCACGACCUUCCACGUGGCGGAGAGCGGCCCGCCCACGCUCCUCGGCACCCUCACCGCCUCCGACAGGGACGUGUGGGCGCUUGGACACGGGCCGCCCUUCAGCCUCAGUCUCGCCAGCGCCAACCCGCCCUUCGUCCACGCCCAUGUCAGGCUGGAUUUCGACCCGCAUCUGGACAGCGGCCGUGGCGGCGCUGAGAUCUGGACCACGAGGCCUGUGGACCGCGAGGAGUAUAAGGAGCUGAAGGUCCUCGUGAAAGUGACUGACGCCGGGGGAGUGUCGGAUACCCACGCCCUCACGCUCAUCAUCGACGAUCUCAACGAUAACCCGAUGAGACCCGCUUCGAAGACGGUGUAUCUGUGGAAGACCGAGCAGGGCGGAGGAUCGGAGGCCCCCUUAGGUCGUGUGUUCGUCGACGACCCCGACGACUGGGAUGUAAGAGACAAGUCGUUUCGAUGGGUCGGCGCCCCCCACCCCCUCUUCUCACUCAGCCAGCACACGGGGGAUAUUUUCGCCUCGACGCAAGUCAGAGGAGGGCGAUACGACCUGCAGUUCUCCGUGAGCGACCAUCUGUGGGGCCAGCGAGGAGUGAGUGCCAACGUAACGGUGGUCGUGAGGAUCCUGCCCCUGGACGCCCUGGCACACGCGACGCCCCUGAGAUUGCUGAAUACCACGCCCGAGGACCUCACGCGAGGAUGGACGCCCACGGGUGUGUCCCAUGUGUCCCAAGCAAUUUUGCGAAGAAAACUCAAAACUCUUUCAGUAAGCACGGUGUGCCUCCUUCGCGAGACCAUUACCCAAAAUGCGAGGAAACGUAAAUUAAGUGAGGAGAGACGCUGCUGUACAGGAAUCCAAAUCCUCUCGUGCAAUGUAAUGUUUUCACAAGAAUCACCCGUCAGCUCUGUCUCGGGUAAUAGCGUGGAUAUUUACCCUGAAGAGAACUGA